CCAAAAAUAAUUAUGAUCAAGAGAUCAAUUAAAAAGCGAACGGCACAACAAGAACUGAGUUUGAUCCUUACACCUAUAACAGUAAAACUUUACUCCCGUGUGGCAAAGUCUUAUAACAGAAACAGAGGUUUUCGAGAAAUAGGAACGAAAACAGUGCGUUCUCCACAGAUUAAUCAGUUCGCAAACGCAAUGAACAAAACUCUAGCAAAAGAGAGCCCCAGACUGGUUGAAUUUGAAGAGGACAUUCUUCUAAAAAAUAAGAAAAAGUCUGCUAAAGAAGAGGAAAAAUAAGUAUAACCCAACACCAAGGAUUCACCAGGAUUACUCAAGCUUCUUUAAAUCAAUCAGUCGAAACAAGUACUCAAGAGUGAUGGUCAGGAGACCAAUGUCACCUGGCGUCGGUUGGUAUCGGCCAAAAUACGAAUCAGUGAUCCCUUCGCCUAAAAACUUCAUCAUCCGAGACCUAAAACUUCACUCUCCUUCCCCUAAAAAACAGCGUAGGAGGUUAUGCAAGCGGUUUGCUCGUCACCUAAAAUCCCCUCGCCAUGUUCGAUAAUCGCUCUAUUUCAACAGAGAUU